AUGCAUCGCGUAGCCUAUUUGCUGCUAUGCGGGCUCACAAUCGCUCUGCUGGUGUUUCUGAACAGCACUCAGUCGUUUCUUCUGAGUGACAAGUACAAGAUAAUCGGCACUGGAAGCAUUGCUGGAACAUUGGCAUUUGCCGACGAAAUCAUGAACAUUAUGGCCGCGCCACUGUGGGGCGCUUUGAGCGAUAAGAUCGGCACUCGAUACGUCUCGGUUGCUGGUAUGGCCAUCAUGGGAAUUGCGGUUAUUUUUUACCCCCGCGAAGACACAAUCUACCCUGGGUUGCUGUUUAUGCGGCUGGUGUUCGCUCUGGGUGCCUCGGCCUGUGUGUCAAUGGUGGCCGCUAUUCUGGGCGAGUACUCACAGCUCACGGGGCCUUUGCCUGAACUCGACCAGGCGCCAAUGCUGAUCAGCGAUGACCAGUAUUCACCAGAGCAACGAUCCAAUGGCAAAAUGGCAGGCCUCGUGGGCCUGUGUUCUGGGCUCGGGGCGAUUUUCGCUGUCGCGGUGUUUUUACCGCUGCCAACGAAAUUUAAUUAUGAUGAACAUCCAGUAAGCGCUUUGAAAAGUGCGUUUUUGAUUGUGGGUCUGUUUGCUCUAGCCGCGGCGGUUGUCUUUUUCUUCACAUUGUACCAAAACAAGGCCAAAGGAAUAUCUGUAUGGCUUUUGGGCAAACAAGUAUCGAUUUUCGAUGAGGCUGCGUUCGAUGUCUCUCCGCAGGUGAUUCCCUAUUUUGAGCUCAUCAAAUCUGGAUUCGCUGUGGCCAAGGAUGAUACAAAACUAAAGUACGCAUACAUGGGUAGCGCAGUGGCUCGAGCAGCAACCGUGAUUACUGCACUGUUUAUUCCGCAAUUGGUGAACGACUGGUUCAGAAAAAGCGAACUCUGCAAGCCUGACGAGGGCUGCCGCGAAGCGUAUAUCUUGGCGGCAAUUUUGACGGGCGUGGCCAACACUACUGCGUUAUUGUUUGCGCCCAUUUUUGGCUGGGCUGUCGACCGAUACGGCCACUAUAUCGCUUUACGGAUCAGCUGUAUAGUCGGAGUGAUUGCCAUGAUUCUUAUGUCCCUAGUUCAGUCCCCCAAAAGCACUACAGCUACGGCUGCAGCAGCCUUGCUGGGUAUUGCCCAGAUUGGAGUUAUCACUAUCUCAAUGUCUAUGUGCACAGAUCGUCGCCGGGAUAUUGCCGGGUCCGUUGCCGGCGUGUAUUCACUCUGCGGCGGCGUGGGCAUUCUCAUAGUGACCCAGGUGGGCGGCCAGCUAGCCGGGGUCUGGGACAAAAUCCCGUUUGUUGCCGGGAGCUUGCUGUAUGGCGGGCUAUUAGCAGCACUGACGAAUCGACGAUAG